UUUUAUCUCCUGUCUUUUAAUUCAGGAAACCCGGCAUGGAAAACAGUACCACACAAAACACAAACAUAACUAAACAAAUAGGAGUACCGUUCUCCCCAUUACAACAUGAGAAGUUAUUCUUUGUACAAGUACUGGUGGGAGUUUUCCUGUAUGUGAACUGUCUCAUGAUAUUCACCUUCUUUCAGAAGGAGGCUUUUCGACCUGAUACACGUUACAUUUUGUUUGCACAGACUCUGUUCCUGGACUCAAUAUUAAUGGUAAUGACAGACUUAGCUUCUGUUGGACAUUACUUUGGGUACCCGAUUCCCUGCAUUCCUUGUGUUAUACUAUGUGUUCUCAUGAGUUGGGUCUCCAGUGGCACCCCACUGACUCUGGUGGCCAUGUGCUUGGAGCGUUAUGUUGCUAUCUGUAUGCCGCUGAGGCAUGCUGACAUCUUCAGUUCCAGAACCAGGCUGGUGGGCCUCCUCCUCAUCUGGUGUCUGAGCUCCAUACCAUCAUUGAUUGAAUUCUUUGCAUUUGUCGCUUCAGCACCUUCCAGUUUUUGGGCCUCCUCCAUCAUCUGCAGUCUGAACGCCUUGAAUAUACACAGCUGGCAUACCAACCUCAGAAAUGCAGUGUCUCAACUAUAUUUCCUAACUAUGUCUGCUGUGAUUGUUUUUACCUAUGUCAAAAUUAUGGCAGCCGCUCGAGCGGCCUCCUCUGAAAAUAAGAAGUCCACCACUAAGAGUGUUAAGACUAUUGUUCUUCAUGCCUUCCAGCUGUUUCUCUGUUCAUUUCAGUUUUGGUGCCCCUUAAUAGAAUCAGCUGUUUUUGAGAUUGAUUUUAUGUUGUUUAUCAAUGUUAGAUAUUCAAACUUCAUUCUCUUCUUAAUAUCUCCACGUUGCCUCAGCCCACUUAUUUAUGGUCUGAGGGAUGAAAAGUUUUUCCUUGUUAUGAAAUACUAUGCUUUUUUGGGGAUAAAUAAAAAAACAUCCCCAUUUUUUAAUUCCUCAGUAUCAUAA